UGUGGACCCACUUCAUCCCAUUCUUCUUUACUAUGGCCUGUCUUCUAUAACUAUCCCGCAUCUACGGCUCAUAUUCCAUCAUGACGGCCUCUGAUUUGCCCGUGUUCGUCCCAGAGCAUGGGGUUCACAUGAGUCUCCCCUUCGCCAUCUACGGCACAAUAAUCCACUCCGUCUCUGUUGAAGAGGUAGAAAUCAUUGACCGAGGUCUUCUAGUGAUUGGUUUGGAUGGGAAGAUCCUCCUGUUUCAGAAGGGCAUUGCGCGCGAAGAUGUUAUCAGCGUUCUGUCCGGUUCUGGAUUCAACCCUAGGGCUCUUCUGCUCCGCGUGCUAAAGCGGGGAGAGUUUCUGAUCCCCGGAUUUAUUGAUACUCAUAACCACGCCCCUCAAUGGACUCAGCGGGGAACUGGACGUGGCAGGCUUAUCAUGGACUGGCUCAACACCGUAACCUUUCCUCACGAGGCGAGAUUUGAGGAUCCGGAAUACGCCAGAGAAACAUAUGCAGACUGCGUAGAUGGCUUUAUUAAGCAGGGAAUUACGACUGCAUCAUACUACGGCUCUCUUCAUGGAGAGGCUACCAAGAUUCUUGCGGAUAUAUGUCUAAAGAAGGGUCAGCGAGCUUUCGUUGGGAAAUGCAACAUGAAUAUCAAUUCGCCGGACUUCUACAAAGACGCCAGCGCUGAAGUGUCGCUUCAAGUUACUGAAGACUUCAUCACCCACGUUCGCAAGAUCGAUCCGAAAUCAACGCUUGUUACUCCUAUCUUGACGCCUCGUUUCGCUGUUGCGUGCGACCGUGAUGUGCUUUCAGGAUUGGGCAGGCUUGCGGCCAAGAAUUCAGAUCUGCCCAUCCAAACCCACUUCGAUGAGACCGAGCAGGAGAUGGAAAUCACAAAGGAACUCUACCCUGAAUUCGCCAACGAAGCGGAUCUCUACGAACACUUCGGAUUGUUGAAUGAGCGAUCUAUCCUUGCACACUGUAUCUACGUCAAUGAGUAUGAAAUGGGUCGUCUGAAAGACCUCAACUGUGGAGUUGCACAUUGUCCCGUGUCUAACACUACCGGUGGCAGUUUUGGAGCCGCCCCUAUCAGGGAAUACCUCCGCCGAGACAUCAAAGUUGGGCUUGGAACAGACAGUGGCGGGGGCUUCUCCUCGUCAAUUCUCGAUGCUAUGAGACAAGCAUUCAUCGUCUCCAAAGCGAGAGAGUUGGCGACUGGGGGCGCAGACAAGCAUUUAUCACUCAAUGAAUGUUUCUAUCUGGCAACAUUAGGAGGAGCUCGAGUAUGCGGUCUGGACCAGAAGAUCGGGAAUUUUGCAGUUGGGAAGGAGUUCGAUGCGCUGGAGAUAACUACACGGAAAGAGCAUCCGAGUAUUAUUACACCAGUUGAAGAUAUCGACUCAAUGGAAGAUAUCUUCGAGAAAUUCCUGAUGAGUGGAGAUGAUAGAAACAUCGCUAGGGUUUAUGUUAGGGGAAGAUCAAUCAAAAACCAGCCGUAGAUGCCUCUAGUAUCAAGUAGAGGGUAAAGGGUCAAUUCAACUUAUUAAGCAUAGGAGCACAUUAAAUAGUAUUCUUGAUCACAAUGCCAGUGCUCCUAUUAGUGUAAAUCUAGGUAACCAACCGGUAAAGUCC